GCAGCAUCACAAGGUGGAGUGCAGGGGGGUGAGAGAGGGAGACGCAGAGAGGAUCAGGGUCAGAUGGAGUCUAGUUAGCUAGAGUGAUGUGCAUUGUAUGUUCACAUGAGUGAGCGACAACAAACAAGGGAGAGAGAGAGAGUACUGUGGAGAGCGUGUGCUUGUAGGCGUAUAUGUGACAGAGAGGGAGGAAAGCCAGACAGGAGGCGGAAGAGGACGCCAAAGCAAGAAGGAACAAAAGGGCAUCAAUAUAAAACAAGGGGACCCAUAUUAAGAAGAAAUAAUGGCUGAGCCAGAGCUGAAAUUAAGGAGCAGCCGGGAGAACGUUGCCAAGGAGAAGAUGGGAGAAGCAGACCCAGCCCAAGAUGGCGAGAUCAUUGAAAAAGUUUCUCCGUCCACCCCCAUGGUCGCUGGCCACUCAAGCCCAUCCGACCCACCGCCCGGCAAAGGGCAGAAGAUUGAACUCAAGCGCAGCAUCACACUCUUCAACGGCGUGGGCAUGAUCAUUGGCACCAUCAUCGGCUCGGGCAUCUUUGUCACGCCAACGGGCGUUGUGAAAGAAACAGGCUCGGCCGGACUCUCUUUGAUCAUCUGGUCCGUCUGCGGGGUGAUCUCCACCAUGGGGGCGCUUUGCUACGCCGAGCUCGGCACCACCAUCACCAAGUCCGGUGGCGACUACACUUACAUCCUGGAGGUGUACGGCGAGCUGGCCGCCUUCCUUAAACUGUGGGUGGAGAUGCUAAUCAUCCGGCCAUCAUCGCAGUAUGUGGUGUCACUGGUGUUUGCCACAUACCUCCUUAAACCCAUCUACCCAAGCUGUAGUGUGCCUGACAGUGCAGCCAAGCUCAUCGCCUGCCUCUGUCUCACCGCCCUGACCUUUGUCAACUGCAUCAGUGUGAAAGCCGCCACCAAGGUCCAAGACUUGUUCACUAUCUCCAAGCUGCUCGCAUUGAUAAUCAUCAUCCUCUUUGGCUUCAUACAAAUCUUCAAAGGUGAUGUUCCCUACCUGAUGCCCGAAAAUGCCUUUGAAGGCAGCAAAAUGGGUGUUGACAAUAUAGUCUUGGCCCUGUACAGUGGUUUGUUUGCUUUUGGAGGCUGGAAUUACCUGAAUUACGUAACCGAGGAGAUGAUCAAUCCAGAGAGAAACCUGCCCCUGUCAAUCAUCAUCUCCAUGCCCAUUGUCACGGUUGUCUACAUCUUGACCAACUUGGCCUACUUCACAACCAUUUCCCCUCAAGACAUGGUUGAGUCGGAAGCAGUCGCCGUGAGUUUUGGAGAGUACCAUCUAGGUGUGAUGUCUUGGCUCAUUCCAGUGUUUGUGGGGCUAUCUUGUUUUGGUGCCGUAAAUGGAUCCCUGUUUACUUCAGCACGUUUGUUCUACGCCGGAGCCCGCGAGGGUCAGCUUCCUGCCGCUCUGGGACUGGUCCACACAGACCUUUUCACACCGGUGCCAUCCCUCAUCUUCACAUGUCUGCUCUCCAUGUUUUACGCCAUAUCCCAGGACAUCUUUUCUGUCAUCAACCUGUUCAGCUUCUUCACUUGGCUUUGUGUCGGAAUGGCCAUCGCUGGGAUGCUCUGGCUCCGAUUCAGAAAGCCCAACCUCAGAAGACCAAUAAAGAUCUGGCUGUUUAUCCCUGUGACUUUUGUCCUGGGCUGCAUCUUCAUGAUCAUCGUUUCCUUCUGGGCGGCCCCCAUCGAGUGCCUGAUAGGCUGCGGCAUCAUUCUCACGGGGAUCCCGGCCUACCUGCUGGGCUACAAGUGGCAGAAGCCACUUGUGGUCAAGAAGAUGCUUGAAAUAUUCACGAUGUUUUGUCAGAAGAUAUUCCUGGCCGUCCCCGAGGAGAAGCGUGAUGAAUCUGAGGCACCUGAGUAAUGCCGGAUGAGGGCCCUCAACAGCCCAUGGCUCAACAUUUUGUUUACUUGAACAUUUGUAAUUUAUGUGGCAGUUGGCUUUUUUUUGUUGUUGUAGAGCUUUGCAAUCAUGGUCAAGGAGGGUUUACAUGAAUGUAUCACUUGAGAUUCAAGUGUGUGUCGGCUAAAACAACUUGCUUCAAAUGUGCAUCACUAAUUGUAUUCAUUGUAGUGGCCUAAAAAUGUAUCCUCGUAUGUUUCAGUGUUGCUGCUCUCACACAAAUUUAGUACAACUGCCACACAAUGAAGGCGAAAAACUGUAUUUUAUCUCUCUUCUCCGUAAAAUGACGGCCAACUGUAGCCGUGUCAGCUACGUUUGUAACGCUCCAGCGCUUGAACAUUUUAAUAUGGCCUUCUACAACAUCUUUAUGAGAGCUUGUUCAGAAUGUUUUCUUUAGAUAAACUAAAAACACACAAAAAAGUCUUCGUAUGAAUAGAAUAAUACACCUAAUCAGAAUCAUUAACAAACCCCUUAGUCGGCAAUUAAACGUUACUAAUAUAAUUUAGUUCAGAAUGUUUUCUUUAAAUAAACUAAAAACACACAAAAAAGUCUUAGUAUGAAUAGAAUAAUACAACUAAUCAGAAUAAUAAAGAAAGCCCUUCGACAACAAUUAAACGUUACUAAUAUAAUUUCUGUGAUGAUACUUUUCCAUAUUUUUAGUUUUGUAUCCAUUUGUACAUGAAGCACAAACUAUACAGUGAAAUGAAAUGUGUGUGUGCGUGUGUGCGUGUGUGCUGAUGUUGUGCUGUCUUUCUUCACUGUAAGGUUCUCUUGAAAAGGGCAAAACCACUAGGGAUGGGCAUCUAAAUGAAAUGAAAAAAAAAAUAUAUAGUUUACUUUAUUUUUUAAUGUCCCUGAGAUGGCUUUUAGUUAGGUUCAGUGAAGACUCUAAGUCAGUGGUUCUUAACCUUAUUGGAGGCACUGAACCCCACCAGUUUUAUAUGUGCAUUCACCAAACCCCUCUUUAAUGAAAAAAAUAUUUUUUUUCAAAUUCUAGACAUCAAUGUUUAUUACUGGUGCACAAAAUGAGCCAUGCAUGAACAUCACCUUGCUCAAAGAACAUCACCAACACAAUGCAUGUACUCAAAACAAAUUAUAUACCUGCAAAUCAGUGUGACUUUGCGAGACCAGUUCAGAUGUGCGUCCUCACAAAAUCACACAAUAAAUCAGGUGUGUUCCGACCUCUGCAGUGGAGGCUCUUCCGAACCCCUGAGACCGACUCACUGAACCCCUAGGCUUCGAUCGAACCCAGGUUAAGAACCAUUGCUCUAAAUUGUCCAUAGGAGCGCAUGUGAGUGUUCACGGUUGUUUGUCUGUAUGUGAUUGACUGGCAACCAGUCCAGGUUGGACCCAAACCCCAGUCCAGCCUACCUGAUACUACGAGGACAAACGCCAUAAAAAAAAAAAAAAAAAAAGGAUGAUUGCAGCUGAGCGGUGGACUAAUGAAAAUAAUAAUUUGCCACAAUCAAUCAAUGGAUUAUGCCCAUCCCAAGUGAUGAUGCUGGAUAAGAGCAUCUAAGGCUUUACAAAGACUUGCAUCACUGUCAGUCUGUAGUGGCUGCACAUACUGUCACUGUCGCAUUUGUAUUUUCAAUCACAUGGACCAUUAAAUGUGUGAUGAACAACCCAACUGAGCUGAGCCUCAACGGACUCGAGCGGGAUCAGGUUUUCAUUAAAUGUUUUUGUUUUUCUUGCCCACCUCCCAAAGAAAAGCAAGGUGGCUUGAAAACAACAUUCUGCUCAUAGUCUCAUAUGAUUGCCUACUGAAUCUUAGAAUACAGUACAGGUGCAGCUCAGUAAAUAAAAUGUAUUGGUAAGUUUAGUUUAUUUCAGUAGUUUAAUUCAAAAAGUGUAACUUAGAUAGAUUUGCGACAUACUAUGAAGUAUUUCAUGAUUUUGUUGAUGAUAUGAUUACAGCUAACAAACAUCCUCAAAUCUACCAAUUUACCAAGAAACUGGAAUAGUACUACACCAAGUGUGCAGGUGUCAACUGAAGUCGUUUUAAUUUGUAAUUGUCAUUAGUGAUGGAAAUGAAGCUUCAAAUUUGCUUUAUGAACCAGUUAUUAUUUUUUUUUUAUUCCGCAGAAAGGGGGUUAGGGGAUGGCAAGUUAGAAUGCUUUCAGUCCAAAGUUGAACACAGAGUGCCAUCUAAAAAUAGUAAAAAAUGUUAAAAAUACAACUGAUUCAUGAAGCAAAUUUGAAGCUUCAUUUCCCCAUCAUUAAACAUGCCAUAAGAAACAAUUCAGGUUAUUUUAAAUACCGAAAUUAAGACAGAAACUGACAGACGGCCAGUCCAGGUGCUUGACUCCAGCACUCUAAUUCUAAUUCUAGUGAGGAUAAGUGGUAUAGAACAUGGAUGUAAAUUAGGGUUGUAAAUGGCCUGAUUUUUUUUAAAUUCCUUUGUAGAUUUGUUUUAAUGAAUCUGAAUAAUAUACAUUAUGAUUUUCACUUUUUGAAUUGAACUAUUGAAAUAAAUGAACUUCUGACCGAUAUUCUAGGCAUAUUUAUGAGCAUUGAACAUAGAUAUUCAUCUAGUUCAAAACAAAAGAAAGUGGAUCAUUGAUGUGAACACAGAAAAACACUGUCAGCCUUCAUUUUUGGACCCUGGAUAAUAAUAAACACAAUAGACCGAAGGGCGAAGCAAAUUGGAUUACAAAAAAAAAGUAAAUUACUGACUGUCUACUGAAAGGUUCUGCAAGCAACCCCCAUCAAAACUGCCUUUGAUGAUUUCAUCAGAUGUAAUUGAAAGUGGCUAUGUCAGUUUCAGUCCAACUGUUGUGUGGCAGUGACCAUGGCAGGUACAUGUGACAAUAAAGCUAUUUUUGUUCAG